UUCUUUGCACCAGGGGCUCUCCUUGUGUACAUGUUGAAUAAAGCUUUAUUGAAUUGAAUUGAAUCGCAUUGGAUCGAAGUCCCAUGAUUUCUACCCAGCAUCAGACUCACUGGGAACCACCAAAUCCCAACAGUUUCUUGGCGCAGCGAGCAGGGUCUGAAAUAUCCUUCAGGAUCACGACCUACAAUCAAAUUAGAGGAUGGCCAAACGCACAUGAAAGACUUAGAAGUGAUCCUGCAGCACUUGGCAGACAGUGGGGAAAGAAAUCUUCGGCAGUCCAUGUAGCAAGAUGGACUCGAUGGGAAACAAGUUUGCUAAUGCCUUCAGCACAUCUGCAACGAGCAUCAUUGCUAAACCCUGCCACCCUCAUUCCUAGCCUAGAUAAGGGACACCCGCAUCAUGGUUGCCUUAAGGUAGAGCCCAUGGACCUUCUAUUGGUAAAAGAAACUGAAAUACCUGAUGCCCCUUGCCUAUACGUGGAUGGUUCUUCCUUCUAUGUCAACGGCAAGCGACACACAGGAUGGGCUGUUUGUACUCAAGAUGGGCAGCUGGUGGCGCAUGGCAGUUUACCUGGAGCAUCGGCCCAAGUAGCAGAACUACGGGCAUUAAUUGCAGCAUGUGAAGCUGCGGAAGGUCAUGCUAUAAACAUAUAUACUGAUUCUAGAUACGCUUUUGGGGUUGUACAUGAUUACCUUAACUUGUGGGUAAAUCGAGGAUUCCUGACAAGUACAGGAUCCCCAAUACAAAAGGGGGGGAUAGUGCAGAAACUUCAUGCAGCCAUGCAGAAACCUACUGAAGUAGCAGUAAUAAAAGUAAAGGCCCAUACAAAAGGGACAGAUCCUCAUAGCAAGGGGAACCGAAGGGCAGAUGAACUAGCUAAACAAGCAGCAGUGGAAAGUAAAGAGACCCAAUUAAUUGCUGCAACACAGCUUCUCAUAAAAGCCCCAAACUUUUUUGAAUUACAGGACAUUCAGCACACUGCACCGAGGGCAGAAAAGUGGUUAUGAAUGGAUAAUGGGGGCAAACUGUGUAAUAAUAUCACUUGGAGAGGUCCAGGGAACACAUUAGUGUUACCAAAUGUGCUAAUGGGAACUAUAAUACAAGUGUAUCACAUGUUGGAACAUGAUGAAGCACGAAGGGUGAUUCACCGUAUGUCAAACACCUGGUGGCACCCUAAGCUUAAUGCAAACGUGCAUGAUUAUGUGAGAAAGUGUGUAACGUGUGCGCAAUGUAAUUCUGCUCCCACAGUAAAAGUGAGAAUGCGACAUCAGCCAAGACCAACACAGCCCUUCGAACAGUUACAAAUAUUUUUCAUUGGUCCCCUGCCAAGGUGCAGAGGGAAAAAAUAUGUUCUGGUGAUCAUGGAUCACUUUACUAAAUGGGUAAAAGCUUUCCAAGUGGCCAAGGCCACUGCAGCUGAUGUAGCUAAAAUAUUGAUGUAAUUACCUGGGGAGGAGCCACUGGAUCAGUUGUAAAUGCCAUCACUCAAAUCUAAUACUAGGAACUGGGUUAAAAUUUGUUAGUAGCAGAAAUAACAGUUUACUGUGGUAAAAGUGGGGUUCACGUCUAAUCAAGUUAGAUAUUACCUUAACUCAGCAACAGUUGGUCAGGUCCUCACUGCUGUACUCAGCCAUCUAUUAAGAACUUCUAAAAUGUAUGAACAAGCAUUGGUCUAGGCAUGUGGAAAAAUUGUGUUAUCAUCCUGGCAUGGUAACAUCCUGGUGUUCAACAUGAAAGUUGCAGCCCUGCUAAGAGACUCACUCGUGCCACAAGUGCCAUGUUGGGUAACAGCUGUGGUUCUUGAGAACUGAAUGUCUUCACCUUAAAUGGUGGCAGGGGAGUGGUCCCUAUCGAUAACAGGGGUAUGCUGAGAUGGUCAUUGCAUCCUUGAAGGGAUGUUAAUUCCUGAACUGGAGCCUCAGCCAGGGCACCCACUUCCUUUCGCGUGUCACAGACACCUGUGUAACAUAAGGGCAGGAGAUAACUACUUGGCUUUCCCACGGAACCAAUGUUCCAUGCUGGGAGAAUGGGUUUUGUGUAUGGAAAACCUAAAGUCAGGACAAGCCUUAUCUCAAAUGUUGGGACCUGACUUAAUAAUGCAUGUAAUGUAAGUUAAUAAAUAAUAUAGCAGUAAGAAAGAACUCCACUAUUUGGUGUAAAUGUAAGUGGUUAACUUUGGCAGGCAAGCCUUGCUUAAAUAUCUAGUUCUUCCUAUUGUGUAAAGCCUUUUAAAAGAAAUAUUGAAAAAAGUGGUAGGGCAGUUAAACUGAUUCAGUGAAUAAAAGGGUUUGCCAUUGUAAAAACAAAAACAAAUAAAAAUGGAUUUGGGUUGUGUUCUCGCAAUGGCAUAAGAACUUAUUAUUUUAUUGUAAAUAUUAUGUAUUAGUUUAUUUGUUCCUAAAAUUAUAGUUAAGUAAGCUAAUUAUUGCUCCUAAUAAAUACAAGGAAGUGGUGUUAGUGGGGUCUAAGAAUUGUUCUUGGCCUCAAAACCAAAUGGGGGAGCUGAAGGGUAUGGUUGUGUUUAUUUUAGAUAAAAUGUGGUUUACAGGGUGCUUAUGCAUAGGGAAGCAUGCUGUGGCUCACCGGCCUAGCAACAUUCUGAAGAAGGCCAUGGGGAGGGGUGUGAGCUCGGCAUGUGGACUGGAGCACAAUGAGCAUGUGAUAAACAAACCCAUAUAUGGGUUUGUUUAACUCUGAUUGGUUAAGGUUCAUGUUAUGUAAGUUGUUAUAUAACUUGUUAUAUAAGCACCAUGUGCUAUAAAGUAGCGAGGGGAGGGGCUCCUUGCUGGAGGGACUCUGCCUGAUUCUUUGUACCAGGGGCUCUCU